AUGAGGACCUUCUCUUCCCUGGCCCUACUUGCCAUUGGUGCUGUGGCCCAGGUUAUUGAGAGCCAGAGCUUUGGUUAUGGUGAAAGUUCUUUGCAACAAGAAUGGUCCGCGGAGUUCCAAUUCCGAGCAAGUGGUCCCGAAAGAGGGGGUGGCAUUCUCCAAUUAUGGUAUACCAAGGAUGGCCAGGCCCGAGUUGGGACCUCGAGCAUCUACACUGUCGGCCAAUUCGACGGCCUUGCCGUGGUGAUAGAUACGCAUGGUGGACGCGGUGGAAGCAUCCGCGGCUUCUUGAACGACGGAACGACUGAUUACAAGAGCCACCGUAGUGUCGACAGCCUCGCUUUCGGACACUGUGACUAUGCCUACCGUAAUUUGGGCCGGCCCUCCGUGUUGAAGCUGAAAUACACCAGCUCGAUCCUUGAGGUCACUGUGGACGAUAAGGUCUGCUUCUCAACCGACAAGGUCGCUCUACCUGCUGGCAACACUUUCGGUAUCACUGCUGCCACCCCAGAGAAUCCUGACUCCUUCGAGAUCUUCAAGUUCAUCUUGGAAUCCGCCUCUGGCCAGAGUGCCCCCGUGUAUCAGAAUAACGCUCCCCAGCAGCCUAUACAGAACCAGGCACCCCCUGCCAACCCUCCUCCCGUUGCCUCUUCCGGCCAAAAGGGUCUCGAUGCCAGUAUUGCCGCUCAAUUUGUCGACCUGGGCGGCCGCCUCCAGCUUGCCAACAAGGCCACCAACACCAUCAUCCAGGACAUGAAAAGCCAGGCCGCCAAGAGUGAGUCUCGCCACGCGGAGCUGCAGCAGAAACUGGCCACGAAGAGCGACCUUGCAGCCCUUGACGUUCGCCUUCAGCGUAUCGAAACCCUUCUCCAAAGCGUUCAACGUGACAUCCAAGGACGGGACUAUAGUGGCAGCUUCAGCCAGCUUCACGAUACCCUACGCUCAUCGCACCUCAGCUUGACUGAGAGCCUGCAGGGUCACCUGCUGAGUGCCAUCACUGCCUCAACUCCUCGCAUGGGCUUCUUCAUCUUCCUGGUCAUCGCCUUCCAGCUUCUCCUUGCCGCCUCGUACAUCGUCUACAAGAAGCGCCGCGCCAACAUGCCAAAGAAAUUUCUCUAA